AUGAUCAAUGACGAUUCCGGUAUAGCGGAAGACCAUCCAUCAACGAAGGAAGGCAGAGCACGAGAAGGAAACGUAAAGACGAUCACACCCAAUUACAAACUCGGAACGGAAAAACCUAGUCACGAGCUGAAGCUGGGAACCAGUGGAUAUCUUCCAAAUGAGAAAGGAGAUUACAAGGUGAGCAUGCGUCACGAAGACUACAAACUCACAGUCAUCGAUCCAAAGGUUCGUUCAAAUGCCAACAUGCCGCUCCACUCGAUGACACUGCCGGACGCCAAAAAAGAGAUGGCUGGCGAUUUUCCCAGUCAACAUUCCAAACGCAGUUUGAUCAAGCUCGAGCCACUCGAGCAGAGACGAUUCAAGAGCACAGAAUCUCGCCCAAUCACCACCAGCAAUUAUUUGACAGAAAGUGUGGAACGACAUCGUGAUAUGGAGGCCAGCCGUCUCAGAGACUACCUCAAAGGCAAAAGAAAGCGACGCCAACAAGCCCUGGAACAAACCCGGAUGGCCUGGGCCAAAGGUAAACCUGCAAGAGAGCAUGAUGGUCAGCAUUUUCUGAGCAACUUGACAAAAAGUGACGACGAGAGCCUCCGUGAACUGGAACAUAUCAGAAAGUCCAUCGAAACCCUGCAGAAGAAAAUCAGGCGAGCCCAAUCGAUGCAGGACCUUCGUGCACGACCAACGCCGAACGAAUUUGCACGCGAUACUUCUCGAUCUCGGCCGCCAAGUGAACUCUCGCAGUUUGACUAUCGACGUCGAUGGGCAUCAGCGGAACAGCUGGCCGUUGAGACAAGGGAGAGUGGACAGAAGAGGGUCCGCAGGACAAUAAUGUUGAAAUCAUAA